GCCGAAGACCGUGCAUUUUACGACGUUGCUUGAUGGAUGUCCAAGAGUGCGCGUGUCCCGCUUGGUGUGUGCAUGUGUGUAUGUGUCCUUCCAUUCUUCUCUCGCCUUGCUGUGUCCAUCAUCCCCGGUCAUUUUAGUUCAGGCCCGAGACUGGCUUGGGCUCUCAGUUACAUCGCAGAUGAUACGCGCCUUCUCGGCUUGCGGGAGGACGCCAAGCUGGAGCUGAUGGAGGACGCGGUCUCGUUCGAGGACUGGAUCGGCGACGUGCCGCCUGGCGCAGUUGUCGACCAUCCGCUCGUCCCGCUGGUGCCCGCGGCGGCCCCGGUCCAGAGGGGGGCGCCUUGACUCGCUGCGGACGCGCUGGAGCGGCCCUCAAAAAAGCUCUAAUCGUCCAGGCCCCACCGCCGUGCAGCUGCGGCGGGGGCUGGGUCCUGUGAGCGGGUUGGGCGGCUUUUCCUCCUCCUCCUCCCGCACCCAGCUCGUCCUCCUCCCUUCUCCCCCCUCGUCCUCUUCGUGCGCCCCUGGUGCUGAUCCUCGGACUUCGUCUGCCC